AUGGCGGAGUAUUUAGCGUCGAUAUUUGGUACAGAAAAGGAUAAAGUAAAUUGUUCGUUCUACUUCAAAAUCGGUGCAUGCCGCCACGGAGAGCAAUGUUCAAGACUACAUAACAAACCGUCUUUCGGUCAGACUAUUUUGCUACAAAACCUGUAUAUAGCUCCUCAAAAUACAGCUCAGAGUGCUGAUGGAUCUCACAUCAACCUUACGGAAGUCCAAGCUCAGCAAAUCUUCGACGAAUUUUUCGAGGAGGUCUUUGUUGAAUGUGAGGAGAAGUAUGGGGAAAUAGAGGAAAUGAAUGUGUGUGAUAAUCUUGGUGAUCAUCUAGUUGGAAACGUUUAUAUAAAAUUCAGGCGUGAAGAAGAUGCUGAAAAAGCUGUUCAGGAUUUAAAUGAACGCUGGUUUGGUGGAAGACCAGUUCAUGCUGAGCUUUCUCCUGUCACAGAUUUUCGUGAAGCAUGUUGUCGUCAGUAUGAACUGGGGGAAUGUACAAGGGGUGGCUUCUGCAACUUCAUGCAUUUGAAACCCAUUUCCAGAGAACUUUGUCGUAAAUUGUACAAUCGGAGCAAGAAACGUUAUGGGAGAAGACGUCGAUCACGUUCUCAUUCACCGUCCAAGAGUCGACGUCGCCGUUCAAGAUCAGCUGGUCGUGUGUCAAGGCGUUAG